AAUGUAGGAGCUGCUGUGUGGGGGUGGGUCAGCACCCUCUUGUUAAUCCACAGCCUCUGCACACACAAGAAAUAUAUUUCAGCUUGAAAAUGCAAACUUUUGCCUGUCGGUGCACUUACAUCACUGCGUGGAAAGAAGCUGACCAGCUUUUUCUCUGCCUGCAUUUAUACACCCUUGUGCCUCUGACCUAAAAAUGAAAAGGAAGAGAGGGCUGUCACUUCAUUUGGACACCACUAUUACACCAUGUGCUAUUUCUUUAUAUAAAUACUGUCCAGGUUUCACAGGUGGGAAAAAAGUCAUUAAACAGCCCUGUGCCUUAACUAUAAACUCAAAAUAGAAAUUAGUAAACAAAAUUAAUUGUGAUACACGUGUAAGAUAUACCUUACAUAGUUAUGGCAGUUUCAGGACAUCUAGUCAAACUAGUUUUGUACUAUUUCUUUAUCUCCAAUUAGGUGAACAAUUGGCAAGCUAAAUUAAAUAACAGGAAAUGGGGGAAGGGUGGAGUAAUUCUCCAACAAGGAAGCUUGUUUCACAACCUGCUAGAUUGUUUUCAUCUGUAAUGAUGGGAGUAACGCAUGCUAAUAAGGUACAACAACAGCGGGUACCACCUCUACCACGACAAAAAUCUUUUAUUCCCCCGCAAAUCCCAAACCCCUUUGUGCAUGAAAUCAACCUGUCCCCACUUACCAAGUUAAAGAUGCUGUUAUGUGGUUUGUUUAUUCUUCCACUCCGAAUCAUUCUCUUUAUGAUUGUUUUACUUGUGUCAUGGUUGGUUGCGGCCAUUGCUACCUGCUGUUGUCCUGAAAGAAAUGAAAAACCAUUUAAUGGAUGGAGAAGGAAAGUUACCCAGAGUCUAAUCAGCACCCUUGGACGCCUUCUGUUCUUUUCAAUGGGAUUCCAUGUUCGGGUAGAGGGAAAACCUGCAAGUCCAGCUGAUGCUCCUAUCCUUUUGGUUGCUCCUCACUCCUCCUUCUUUGAUGCCAUUGCAGUCAUUGUCUCAGGAAUGCCAUCCAGUGUUUCCAGAGAAGAAAAUAUUUCUGUGCCUUUAUUUGGCAGGAUUCUCCGAGCUCUUCAGCCUGUCCUUGUAUCUCGUGCUGAUCCAGAUUCUCGAAAGAACACAAUUGAUGAGAUUAAAAAACGAGCUACAUCAGGAGACUGGCCACAGGUUUUAAUUUUUCCAGAGGGUACCUGUACAAAUCAUACCUGUUUAAUAUCCUUUAAACCAGGUGCAUUUCACCCUGGGGUUGCUGUUCAACCAAUACUUCUGAAAUAUCCAAACACUCUGGAUACAGUCACCUGGACUUGGCAGGGAUACACAGUUGAAAAGCUUCUAUUAUUAACUUUGUGUCAGAUCUGGACAAAUGUAACUGUAGAGUUCCUUCCAGUAUAUGUUCCUUCUGAAGAUGAAAAGAAAGAUCCUUUUCUUUAUGCUCACAAUGUCCGGCACACAAUGGCACAAGCACUGGGACUACCUGUCACUGAUCAUACAUAUGAAGACUGUAGGCUCAUGAUGACAGCUGGAGAGCUAACUCUACCAAUGGAGACUGGCCUUGUGGAGUUUACCAAAAUCAGCAAGAAGUUAAACCUAAAGUGGGACAACAUCAGAAAACAAUUGGAGAUAUUUGCUUCCAUCGCAGGAUCAUGCAAAGGAGGAAGAAUUGGUAUUGAGGAGUUUGCUCGUCAUCUAAAACUUCCGGUGUCUGAUGUUCUGCAAGAGCUGUUUUCAUUGUUUGACAGGAACAAAGAUGGCACUAUAGACUUCAGAGAGUAUGUCAUCGGUAUGGCCAUCCUUUGCAAUCCUGCUAACACAGAGGAAACAAUUAAAAUGGCAUUUAAGCUAUUUGAUGUGGAUGAAGAUGAAAGCAUUACAGAGGUUGAGUUCAGUUCCUUAUUACAGUCCUCCUUGGGUGUCCCUGAUCUAGAUGUUUCUAAACUUUUCAGAGAUAUGGAUGCUGACAAUUCAGGAAAGAUAUCUUAUGAGGAAUUCAGGAAUUUCUCCCUAAACCAUCCAGAAUAUGCCAAACUCUUUACAACUUAUCUGGAACACCAGAGAUAUUAUGUUUACAUGCUUGAAAAAGAAGAGGAAGAAGACUGUGUAAUGUUUCAAAGUGCUGCAAAUAUAAUAUGUCCCAUCGACAAUGAGGAAGAGAAAAUCACUAUAUCAGACAAAAAGGAGGAUUGAUAAAAGAGCAAAUUGAAUCUAUCAGUGCAAACCAUUUUACUGAUGCUUUUCAGUGGCUAAAAAAUAAGUUGCUAUUAGUUCAUAUAAAUAGUUCAUAUUAAUAAUGCCAUUCCAUGACUAAAGUUUAGGAAGAUCUAAGAUAAAGUGUGUUUAAAAUAUGUUCACUGCUUUUAUUCAUGUCAUUGAGAUACAUUAUGUAGAUUGUAGGUUAGCACUAGGGAAUCCUAUUAAGAAUUAACUGUAUAUCACUUGAAGCAGACCUAUUCCUUCUACUAAACUUAAAGGGAUACUAUCAUGGGAAAACAUGUUUUUUUCAAAACGCAUCAGUUAACAAUGCUGCUCCAGUAGACUUCUGCACUGAAAUGC